UGAUAUCAAGAUGGCGUUUCCUGUGAAACACGGGCACCCAAUUUCAGCGCACGAUAAAGCUGUGCUGUCUCAGAUAUUCAACCCAGGGUUUCCAGCUGGUGAUAAUGAGGAAACAACAGAUCCAGACCAGAAUGAUGAAACCCAAACUAUAGACGACGAAACCGUAAAGAAAGCAAAAACGCUGGAAUUACAGGGAGUAAAAGCAGCUGAGUCUGGAAAUUUGGAUGAAGCCAUCGACUGCUUUUCACAUGCUGUCACUAUUGCUCCUCACUGGGCGUCGGCAUAUAACAAUCGGGCACAAGCCUUGAGGCUGAAAGAUGAUAUUAAAGGUGCUCUGGAUGAUCUUAAUAUGGCCAUCGUGCUCAGUAAGGGAAAGGGCAAAGCUGCUUGUCAAGCCUUCACCCAGAGAGGCAUCAUACGACGUCUAGAAGGAGACAAUGAAGCAGCACUUGAAGACUUCAAGGCAGCCGCUCAUCUGGGCAGUGAAUUGGCAACCAUGGUGGUAGCUUUGAACCCAUAUGCUGCCCUUUGUAACCAGAUGCUGGGUGAAGUCAUGGCCAAGCUGUGUGCUGGUGAACAGUAGUCAUAUGCCUGGGAACAUCGUGAUUCAUCUUCUUUCCUUGCGACACUUUACACCAUGUACUAAGAAAUACUAUCAAAGCCUUUGUAAGUCAUUUAUAAUAUACUGAGCAGCUCCUGAAAAUAUGUGAUAGAAGGUGAAAUUGAAAUGUUUUGUUUUUUUUAUGUGCCUUCGUGUUUGCUAUCACUUAACCUCUCAUAAAUCCUUUGUAAAUUUUGAUUCAUCAAUUUGUCGAAUGUAAAUAUCUCCUUGGUGGUUCUUUUUUUUUUUUUUUUUUUUGAGG